AUGAGUCGUAUUAUACAUGACAUCGAUGAAUGCAAUACACAGCCAAGUCCUUGUCAACAAAUUUGUACCAACACCAUUGGAAGCUACACCUGCUCAUGUAAUGAUGGAUACGUCAUAAGUAGCACUGACCAAACACAGUGUGAUGACAUCGAUGAAUGCAGUGCUGAGCCAAGCCCAUGUCAACAGAAUUGUACCAACACCGACGGAAACUUCACUUGUUCAUGUAAACCUGGAUUUGCCGUAAAUAGCACAGACCCAACAAAGUGUGAUGCACUCUGCGUUCCGUUAUCAACGCCAUUAAUAGAAACCCGAAACGCUUCAUCACCCUUGGAAUGCUACUCAGCUUGUAGGGCAGAACAUUGCUUCGCUUUCCAGUUUGGAGAUGGUGUGUGUACAACGAAGCUCUAUGUUGGCGAUGUUGUAAAUGUCAGUCAAAAUGUACUUGGAUAUUCCGUUUUCUCAUGCUACAAUGAUAGUACACAAUGCACUUUGAAAAUCCCUGACGUUAAUUAUAUGAUCAAUGCGCCGGAUCACGAGACUUGCUUUACCACUUGCUUUAACGAUCCCGAGUGUAUCGGCUAUCUUUAUAUGCCCGGCAUGUGUAUGCUCACUGCUCCAGGUGGAACCACAGUUGACAUAAACAACUUUCCGGUUAAUACAUUUGUCACUCUGGAUUGUGAUAAAUAAAAAGCAGUUGGAGAAAAGUCUACACCAAAAGCAACAAAGUACUGCGGACUGACGGGUUGUUUAAAAAUAACUUAGUUGACUUGUCUUCCUAGUCAAAACAAUUGAAUAAAUCCCAACAUUCUGAA